GCUCCAACCUCCAUCGUCACCUCCGCCCAUCUUCAUCACUUCCAUCACUGUUAACUUCCUCACUCCACUAUUGCUUUUUCUCAGACCUUUUAUAAUCUUCAAAGAGUUAAUUCCGUCCUACUGGAUAAUAUCUACAUACUGCCUCAUCCCGAACUUGCGAAAUAGACCUUAGCCAAGAUGUCGCUCGAAGCAACCAUGAUCAUUGUGGAUAAUAGUGAAAGUAGCAGAAAUGGAGACUAUACCUCAACACGAUGGCAAGCACAGGUCGAUGCUGUCAGCGUCAUUCACAGCGCCAAAAUGCGCGUGCAUCCACAGUCUGCUGUGGGGCUCAUGAGUAUGGGUGGCAAGGGUCCUGAAGUUCUUUCGACAUUUACCUCCGACUUUGGCAGCAUUCUCGCCGGUCUGCACCGCACCAAGAUUCAUGGCAGUGCCCAUCUCAGCUCCAGUAUACAGGUGGCUGGUCUUGCUCUAAAGCACCGCUCCGAGAAGUCUCAGAGACAACGCAUCAUCGUUUUUUCCUGCUCCCCUAUCGAAGAAGACGAAAAGACCCUGGUCAAGCUGGCUAAGAAGAUGAAGAAGAAUAAUGUGUCGAUCGAUGUCAUUGCCUUUGGAGACCUGGAGUCCGAUCAAACCAAGAAAUUGGAGGCCCAUUAUACCCCGGGCCCGAACCUGCUCAGUGAGGAGCUUCAGGCCACGCCUAUCUUGGGCGGCGAGGCGGGAGUAGGCGGCGCCGGUGCGGAAGGUGGUGAUGGCGGCUUUAAUUUCGAGGACGCUGCUGAAAACGACCCUGAGCUCGCAUUCGCCUUGCGUCUUUCGCUUGAGGAGGAGAAGAACCGGCAGGAGAAGGAGAAGCGUGAGAGGGAAGAGGCUGAGCGCAAAGCGAACCUAGAAAACAUCCCCGAAGAAGGUCAGCCGGGCGGGGAAUCGAGUGGAAGCCAAGGCAAGAAAGAGGACGGUGACAAGAUGGACACCGCGUAAGAAAGUGUCGUGUGACCUUUUAUAUGGUGGAUGACUCUUAAUGCAUACCCGGCGUUUCUCUGUAUUGACAUCUGCUCUUGUAAUUCUAGAAAGCGUGCCUUCCACUACGCGCUUUGAAGAAGUGAUAUGGAUUGUAUUGCAAAGUCUAUCAUGCCACAAAACCGUACUCCAUGUCAUCACUGACCACUUCGCCAAGUAGCGAGCAUAGUCCAUUCGCCAGCACUCAAAAGUGGUCUAAUCUCAGUCCCGCCAACUCAUCAUGUUCUUCCUCUCAACCAACCACCUAGAUGUCGAUCAAACGCCUCGCACCGGACAGGCAUCUCCAGCUGA